CAAGCUUUCGAGAUAGAAGUGGCAGUGUCUAGUACUCCAGAAUUGGAGAAGACAUCUACUCACAUGGUGGGGGAGGAUUAUACCUCUGUGCAGAAAGAUGUUCAGUAAUUUUAUUAUUUAUUUCUCUCUGUCUUUUGUUCUGUUAUUAUUAUUUUAUUUAUGAAUAUAAUAACUUGAAAUUGUAGAGGUGCAAGUUCAAAGGAUUUUUUAGAUUGGUUAGAGAUUUGUGUGAAAAAUUCCAUUCGCAUUUGCUUUGUUUGUUAGAAACUCAUGUCUUUGGAAUUAAAACAACAAAAAAUUGCGAGUAAAUUGGGUUUUUUUUCUUGGCAUCUAGUGAAAGAUGUCGGGUUCUAAAAUGGAGUUUGGGUCUUGUGGAACGAUUGUAGUAGAAAAGUUGAUCAUCUAGAAUUCUAUAGACAAUUCAAUCAUCUUAAAGUCUCUUUCUAUAAUAAGGUGCCUUGGUUCUUUAAUGUGGUAUACAAUUUGCCGCAUCUGGGUCCUCGAUUAGAAUUAUGGUCUAAUAUUAGACGGUUAGCGGAUCAGGCGCAAAGAAAAUAGUGUGUUGGAGAUGAUUUUAAUUUUGUCUUAAGUAGUGCUAAUACUGAUAGAAACUUAAGUUUGUCAAGAUAUCAUCAUCAUUUUACUGCUUGUUUAUUAGAUUCUGGAUUACAGGAUAUAUAUUGGUUCCCUUCACCUGGUAAUGUGGCACAGUUCGAAGAAGGCUAGAUAGGUAUGUGGUGAAUAUCUUGUGAUCUUAGCGUUUCUUUCAGGCUGCUACGAAACACUUAUUCAAACUAAAGUCUGAUAAUGUCCCCAUCUUAUUAGAUAUGAGAGGCCUAGAAAAUGUUCUGAUGCCGCCUUUCAAAUUUUUAGGUUCGUGGUUGAUUCAUAAUGAUUUUUAGAAUUUGCUACCUAAUAGCUAGAGCUCUACAAAUCCUCUGUAGAAAAAUGUGUCGUCGUUCAUGUCUGACGCUAAACUUUGAAAUGCAAAGGUCUUUGAAAACUUAGCUAGAAGAAAAUCACAAUUUUUAGCUAGACUCCAGAAAAUUUCUACAAACUUAUCUUUUGAAGUGAACUCGAAUCUGGAGGAUUUGUAAAAGUCCAUAUGGAAGGAAUUGAAUUCUUUAUUAAUUCAAGAGGAGAUUUAUUGGAAGCGAUAUUCCUGGUGCAAGUAGAUUAAUUAUGGUGAUAGAAAUACCUCUUAUUUUCAUAGCCUAGUAACGGUUAGGAAAAGAAGGAAUUAAGUGAGUAUGCUAAAAAAUCAAGAAGGUAGUUGGAUUGAAGAUAAUCAGCAGCUGAAGGAACUCAGUGUUAAUUAUUUUCUGAAUCUCUAUACGGAUAAUAGUGAAUAUGAGAAGUUUGAAGCCCUUGACUAUUCUCUAUGUUUACUAAUGAAGAAAAUGAGCGUUUGGAUAAAGAUAUCUCACCUGGAAAAAAAAAAAGUAGAUAUGUUCUUUUCUCCACGGGUGCUUGUAAAUCUCCGGGUUCAGAUGGUUUGCCACCUAUGUUCUAUCAAAGUAAUUGGGAGUCAUUAAAAACUCUUAUCAGAUGGGUAGAUAGAGUGUUUUAGAAUCAUCAGAAAAUUCAGGUAGCAAAUAGUACUUUUAUUUCUCUUAUUCUAAAAGUGGAUAAUCCUAAAACUAUAGUGUAUUUUUGGCCUAUUGGGUUAUGCAAUGUCUCAUAUAAGCUUAUUACCAAGAUUUUAUCAUAAAGAUUAAAAGAAGUUAUGCCUAAGCUGAUUAGUUUCUCGCAAUCUAACUUGGUUUCGGGGAAGCAAAACGCUGAUAAUAAUUACACAAUAAGUUCUACAAUCUAUGCGGUAUAAGAAGGAGGAUGGUGAUUUUAUGACUAUUAAAAUUGAUCUCAAAACUAAUAUUCCAGAGAAUUUGGUUGAUAUGAUCUAUCACUGCUAUUCUUCGGCGGAGAUAAAAGUUAUGUGGAAUGGUACUCCACCAACAUCUUUCCUGCCCUCUAGAGUUGAGCAUCAUUUUUGGGAACCGAUUACGCUUAAUAGAGGGGGACUGGAUUUUUCUCACAUUUGUUUUGCUAAUAACAUUGUCUUAUUUUCGAAAGCUACUACAAAGCAGGUGCAAGUGGUGCAGGAUAUCUUAGACCAUUUUUUUUGUUGUUCAGGCCAAAAGGUUAAUUUUUCUAAAUUUUAUGUCUUCUUCUCUGAUAAUUUGCAUUUGGAAAGGAAACAUAACCUUAGUAAUGUUCUUGGGAUGAGACUUAUGACGGAUUUUGCAAGUAUUUGGGAGUUCCUUUGCUACGUGGAAGGGCAUGAAAGGAAGACUUCCAAUUCAUUCUUGAUAGAAUGUUGAAUUGGCUCAAUUCUUGGAAAGCUCAGAAUCUUUCUUUGGCUGGUAGAAUCACUCUAACGCAAUCUACAUUAUCCACUAUUUCGUCUUAGGUUAUACAUAUGAAGCUUCCUUUGAAGAUUUGUGAUAGAAUUGAUAGUAUUUUCUAUAAUUUAAUCCAAGGAAGAGCCAAUUUGGUUAAUAAACAUCAUCUCCUUAGUCGGGGGAAAGAUUUCUUCGCCAAAAUCUCACGGGGUCUCGGCUUCAGACUAACGAGAGUUUUGGAUAAAGCUAAUUUGAUAAAAUUAUCCUGGAAGCUUGUUCAUGAUCGGGAAGCCCUUUAGGUCAAAGUGAUGCAAAGUAAAUAUGGGUGUGGAGAAGCACUCCUUCCUAGGAUUAAACAUAUCAGAACCAUAUCAAAUGGUUGGCAAGGUAUCUAUUUGGUAUGGAAAGAUUUUGAAAACAAUCUUAUUUGGAGGAUUGAUUCUGGAGCUGAGUUUAACUUUUGGUCUGACCAAUGGAUUCCUGAUAUCCGGAGACUUGUUGAUUUUGCUUAGCCGAAAGUCACCGAGGAGAUAUUAGAUGAUCAAGUUUGUGAGUACGUGAUUGAUAGCAAUUGGAACUUUGACCGUAUCAUGACCCUAUUGGGGGAAGAUUGGUAUCCCAUUUUUGCGUCCAUCAAGCCUCCCGAACCAGAGUUAAGCGUUGAUUACUUGACUUGGCUCCAUGUUGCAAAUGGUAUUUUUUCGAUUACAUCGGCUUGUGCUGUCUAUUCAAAUCCUGCGAAUGAGUCAAAUGCUUAUCUCUUUUCUAGAAUUUGGAAGCUGGAGAUUCCGCAGCGAUUGAGAUCUUUCUGUUGGCUUGUUGCGAAUCAAGUGCUUUUGACAAAUGAGUAGUGUGUUAGAAGACAUAUGGCAGAGUUUGAUGGAUGUGCUAUUUGUGGAAAAGCUCCUAAAUCUUUGCUUCACGUGCUCGGUGAUUAUAGAGUUGCGAGAAGAACGUAAAUGAGCAUUGAUAAUAGUUUGGGUCCAAGUAAUUUUUUUAACUCUUCUCUUUUGUGUUGGUUGUUAGAAAAUUUAUCACCCAAAUCUCCUUCUUAAGGGCAGUAUUGGCCCCUUCUUUUUAUCACAACAAUAAAUUCCUUAUGGUACCAAAGAAAUAAAUUCAUUUUCUAUCUUGGAGAUGUUAUUAAGGAAGAUGUAAAGAUAGCCAAUGUUGCUCUCCACCUUGCUAAGGAUUUUCGGUAUGGUCAAGAUGAGACUAGUCGAGUUCAGCAGGUUGUAGGCAAUUAUGUUGAAAAACAAAUUAAAUGGAUCCCUCCUGAUUCUCCAUUUGUUAAGUUGAAUACAGAUGGUUUGGUGUUUAAAAAUGGGAGAGAUGCUUGUGGUGGUAUCAUUAGAGAUAAUGAUGGUCGGUUCCUGCCUUGUUUUAGUGCAAACUUAGCUUUCUCCAUGGUUACUUUAGCAGAAUUUUAGGAUAUUUUAAUGGGAGUAGAGUUGGCUGUGAGUCUUGCUAUGAUCAUAUUUCUAUUGAGGUUGAUUCGGCUGUUGCUGUUCGUCUUCUUCUGCAUGAUGACACUUAUUUGCAUUCAUCUAGAGUUCUUAUUCUGGCUGUUAGGGAGAGGUGCAACAUGUUAUCAUGUUGGCGGAUUCAACAUCAAUUUAGAGAGAGAAAAGAAAAAAAGCACUGUGCCGCCAAAAUACGAACUCUAUCACACUCAGAAAAAGCUUCAUCGAUCGCUUUCGCCAUGGCCACCGCCAAAAGCAACAGAUUUUGCAAGUUCUAUGCCCGUGGAACAUGUUUGAAAGGGGAGCUGUGUUGCUUCUCCCAUGAGAGAAAUGAGGCUUCUUCAGAUAUUUGCUUGUUCUAUCAGAAGGGCUACUGUGCUUAUGGCAGUCAAUGCAGGAAUAGGCAUGUCAAACCAUCACAGGCAUCAGCAUCAGCAUCAACUUCAGCAAAUGGACCUGUAUCUUUGGUUUCACAAUCUGCCAUGACUCAUAGUGCUGCUAAGGGAAAGUUUACUUGGGUUCGGAAGGCGGAUACGAAAGUGUUGUCACCAACUGACAAACACACUAGUAGCUUACAACACAAGAAUCAACAUUCUCAAGGGACUCAUUGUGAAGUUGGUGAAUCGAGCGCUGCUGCUAUGCUGGAUGAGAAUUUGUUCUGUGAAUUUGAUGCGGCCAACUGUACCUCAGGGGAUAAGUGUACCAAAAUUCAUGGAAUCCUCUGCUUGUACUGCAGAAAGCCUUGUCUGCAUCCAACUAAUCUGGAACAAAGGUCGAACCACACAAAGAUAUGCAAGGAAAAGGCUGAGAUAAUGAAGAAUAGUCAAGAUAUAGAAUGCAGUGUUUGCCUGGAGCGCGUUCUGCGGAAGCCUAGACCAUCUCAGCGCAAGUUUGGUUUGCUACCUGAAUGUGACCAUCCUUUCUGUUUAGAUUGCAUCAUCAGGUGGCGCAGUAUGGCCCCAACCAAUGCAAUGGACUGCCCUGUGUGCCGCAAGCAUUCAUCUUUUUAUGUUCAAAGUGACAUUUGGUAUGCUACAAAGGAAGAAAAACAGGCAAUUAUUGACAAUUACAAGGCGAACUGCAAGUUGAUUGAUUGCAAGUAUUUUAAAUUUGGAACCAGGCAGUGCCCUCAUGGAUCUAGUUGUAUGUAUAAGCAUGCUGUAAAACCUGUCUUGCGCAAACAGAGGCAAAACAGGCCACAACCUCAAAUUGGAGGAGACAAUCUCAACAAAUAUGACAUCAUGUCUCAGCUCAGUGAAUUUGAUUUGCAUCCUCAUGAGUUUUAUUCCAUCUUGAAAGACAUGGAGUGGUUCGAUGAUAUGAGUGCAAUUGAGAAGAUGGCUUUAGCUGAUGAACUGGCUGGUCCUACUUACGGAGAUUCACAUUUCUUUCCCCAGGAUGAUUUCUUUGAUAGUGAUGAUGAUUUUGAUGAUGAAGAAUUCGAUCCUAUUGAUGCUGCUAUAUCAUCAAUGAUGAUGUCUGGUAUGCCAGUAUUUGGAUUCAGUGAUGACGAAUACAGCGACAAUGAAGCCAGGGAUGGCAAAGACAGUGAUGGCGAAUCCAUUGAUGAUGAUUAAUGGAUUUAAUUAAGGUUUAGUUAUAAUGCCGUCUUUAGCUUGCUUUUGAAGAAUUUGAACACCUAGCUGUUUUGGGACAAAAUGUUUGGAUAUUUUAAACUGUCUACAACUUUAGGAAUCAACAAAAUGCUAUAUGAUGGUGAAAUUUAUUUUGCAGCCUAAUAUUCAUGUCUGUCUGUCUUUGGAAUUUUCUCGUUAUAUAUAUAUUGUUAGCUCAGCAAUAGAACUAUAAUGCAACAAUAAUGGAAGAAAGAA